AAGUCUUCCCAGGGCUGGCGGGGCGAGGACUUCCUCCUGGACUCGCAGCUGCCUCUGCUGGCAUCCUCCUCGGAGCGCCCUCGGCGGCCGGUCUGUCGGGGUGCUUGGACCGAUCAGGGCCGCCAAGUGUGUCCAGAGGAACCCAGUGGUCUGCAGGGCAGCCAUGGUGCUGCUGACCGGGGGUGCACUGUUCUCUGUGGCCGUGGCCGUGGCCGUCUUCCUGCUCCUGGUGGACCUGAUGCACCGGCGCCAGCGCUGGGCUGCUCGCUACCCACCAGGCCCCGUGGCACUGCCUGGCCUGGGCAACCUGCUGCAGGUGGACCUGCACAAUAUACCGUACUCCUUCUAUAAGUUUCGAUGCCGCUUCGGAGACGUGUUCAGCCUGCAGCUGGCCUGGAAUCCAGUGGUCGUGGUCAAUGGGCUGGCGGCUGUGCGUGAGGUGCUGGUGGACCACAGUGAGGACACCGCUGACCGGCCGCCUAUCCCCAUCAGCAAGCAACUGGGCUUCAGUCCACGAUCCCAAGGGGUGGUCAUGGUGACCUACGGACCCACUUGGCGUGAGCAGCGGCGCUUCUCCGUGUCCACCCUGCGCAACUUCGGCUUGGGCAAGAAGUCGCUGGAGCAGUGGGUGACCGAGGAGGCCUCUUGCCUCUGUGCCUCCUUUGCCACUCAGGAUGGACGGCCCUUUAGCCCAAACGCCCUCCUGAACAGAGCAGUGUGCAAUGUGAUCGCCUCCCUCAUCUACGCACGUCGCUUCGAGUACGAUGACCCGCUCUUGGGCAGGAUAUUAGACCUGCUGGAGAAAACUCUGAACGAGAGCCUGGAGUUGAUCCCCCAGGUGCUGAACGCAUUCCCAGUGCUCCUGCGCAUCCCAGGUGCAGCUGGCAAAGCCCUCCCUUUGCAGAAGGCCUUCUUGGCUCUGAUAGAUGAGCUGGUGACUGAGCACAGGGAAACCCUGGACCUGAGCCAGCCACCCCGAGACCUGACUGAUGCCUUCCUGGGCGAGGUGGAGAAGGCCAAGGGAAACCUCAAGAGCAGCUUCAAUGAUGAGAACCUGCGCCUGGUUGUGGCUGACCUGUUCACGGCAGGGACGGUGACCACGUCGACUACGCUGGCCUGGGCCCUGCUGCUCAUGAUCCUGCACCCGGAUGUGCAGCGCCGUGUCCAGCAGGAGAUCGAUGAAGUGAUCGGCCAGGGGCGGCGCCCAGAGAUGGGGGACCAGGCCCGCAUGCCCUUCACCAACGCCGUGAUUCACGAGGUGCAGCGCUUUGCGGACAUCCUCCCAAUCAACUUACCCCACAUGACAUGCCGUGACACCGAGGUGCAGGGCUUCCUCAUCCCCAAGGGGACCGGGUUAAUCCUCAACCUGUCAUCUGUGCUGAAAGAUGAGACCGUCUGGGAGAAGCCCUUCCACUUCUACCCGGAACACUUCCUGGACGCCGAGGGCCGCUUUGUGAAGCACGAGGCCUUCAUGCCGUUCUCAGCAGGCCCCCGCACAUGCCUCGGGGAGCCGCUGGCCCGCAUGGAGCUCUUCCUCUUCUUCACCUGCCUGCUGCAGCACUUCAGCUUCUCGGUGCCUGAAGGGCAGCCCCGGCCCAGCGACUAUGGUGUUUUUGCUUUCCUGAAUGUCCCAUCCCUCUACCAGCUCUGCGCUGUGUCCCGCUAGAGGAGGCACAAAACCCUGAGCUUUGCUUCAGUUGGGGACCUGAUGUGAAAUAAAAUCAUUUGUGUGGCUGCAA